AUCCCUGCCAUCUUGCUUUGUCCGCUCCUAUGCUGGCUCCCGCGGCCCGACGAGCUCUUGGCCGAGCAGGGCGCCGGGGGAUGCGCGCACGGCUGGCCCGAGACUGUGCCGCGGCGCCGCCGCCUCCUCCGCUACCGCUGCUCUCGAAGGCUCGCGGCGAGCCCCGCUUCUCUCCUCCCUCUGGCCGCGCUGGGGAAAGGAGCCGCCUCGCCCGUCACAUGGCAGCCCGGGCCGCUAGCCCUGAUUGGUUCGUCCCCGCGUCAAGCAGCGAAGCACACGCGGCCACCUCGCCCACGCCCGGAGCGCAGGGCGCAGCCGCUGCGCCUUGGGGGCACCGCUCGGGAGAGUGCUGCCAGGCCCUGCGCUCGCCGAGUUCUUGCUCUGCGCUCCGGACAGGAACCGAGGUCGGCACCCCACAUCCGCCUCAGCCCCCCGCUUUGUUCGCACAUGCUCAGAACGCCAGCUCCUGCCCCACUGUUGUUGCGGGGGUCUCCGUCCCCUUCCGUGCGCCUAUAGGCAGAGAAGAGAGGACUUCUCGGCAGCCCAGCAGGUCCUGCUGUGUCUCCAAGCACAUACAACAGGAAGUGUUGAGAAGACAAGGAUGUCAGACUCAGACGCUGUUAGCGCAUCUUCAUUAUAUGGAUAGAAAAAGCAGAAGCUAGCUUGCAACAAGAGAAAAGAAUAAAGCAGACCUGGAGCAUUAACUAAAGGUGUUUUCAUAGGAGAGAUGACAAAGAAGAAGUAGGAAGACACAGGGAGAAAUGGAAGCAGAAGACCAGAAGCAAAGGCAAGGAUAAGGGUGGUUGGGAAUACAGGUAACGUCUUUUAUUUCCCAAAUUUGUAGCUGACCAGACAAGGAGCCACUGUGGUUACACAGCCAGGAAUUGUGCUGGGUCUUAAAAAAUAUUUUGGUGCUUUUCAUUUCUUACAUUUCUUGAAGGUGAUAAUACAUAACAAUAUUGCAUUACUGA